CUUGGUGGAAAUUCUUGAACUUAAACAAUAAAUUUGUCGAAUCCCAUGGCAGGAGAAUUAUUAACUAUACGGAUGAUCAGAAGUGGAGAUUCUAUUCCCUGGGGAUUUAGACUUCAAGGCGGAGAUGAUUUUUCUAUUCCGCUUUCUAUACAAAAGGUUAUAAAAGGUUCAAUAGCAGAGAAAUCUGGUCUGUUUCCAGGUGAUCAAAUUUGCAAAAUCAUAGGGAAAAAUGCGGAUUUAUUAUCUCAUAAACAAGCUCAAGAUGCCAUUAUCGCCUCAAGAAAUGACCUAGAAAUAACUAUACAAAGGGGAGGAGUAAGGAUAUGGAAACCCCAAACUAUUGUAUAUGACCAAAACAAUCAACCGCACGUUAAACAUUCGCUUCAACAUCCAGAUUUAAAAGAACAAUUUACUAGUUCUUGUUCCUCAUACAAUCCUAGCAAAAAUAUUUCUGACACACAUCAAAACGUAGCGUCCUCUCAACCGAUAACAUUUGGUAGCUCAAGCAAAUUAUUCAAUAAUAGCGCUAAGCCAUUCGGCUCUAUUCUAUUAGAUUCCGAGGAUAGGAGCGUGCAAAAUAUAGCGAAAAGCAUCAAUACGUUUAAUAAUAAAAGCAAUAAUGCAAUGAAUGAUCAAGGUAACUUCGGAAUGAGCAAGAUAGGAGGAGGUCUAAAAGCCGUCGUUCAUUCACAAUACAAUAGUCCAAUAAAUAUGUAUAGCCCGGAGAACGUUGUUGACGCUUAUGAGGGACAGACUAAAGGAAUUAUCAUGCCCGGAAUGCAAAAUCUAAAUAUUAAUAAAGCUGACAAAUCUUCGCAAUUACAAGAUUCUGCCGUUUACAAAUUACUUCACGAUCAAAAAUCUAUACCCAAACACAAUACCAUACAAUCUGGAAGUUUUAAAAGAUUAGAGGAUUACGUUACCUCGGAUAAUUCAAAUAGCGAUAGUAAGACUCAGCAAUAUCAGUAUGAGUCUCCUCAGCAAGUUUCUUGCGGCUCCACUCCAUCACCUUCUAAAUUUAUGGAAUGCGUAGAGUGCUCAAGACCUAUCAUAGGGGUUUUCGUCAAAGCCAAUGACAAUCGUUAUUUCCAUUCGGACUGUUUCAAAUGCAGCACGUGUGGAAAUUCCUUGAAAAACAAGGGAUAUUUUUCUAUUCACAACAAAUUAUAUUGCGAUGUCCACGCUAGAGCCCACGUUGGGCAUGGUGUUAACAUGAAUGGGAAUUUGAAUGAAAUCAAUAGUUUUAGUCCCAAUAUAAGCAAUAAACAAAAUUCUAAUUCUUAUCCUACUGAAAACCAAUAUUCCCAACAAACAGCGAACACUAGAGAAUCUUCGAAACCAUAUUCUAUCAUAAAUUCAGUACCUCGCUAUCCGUUACAAAAUCAUGAGUAUUUUAAUCAACCGUCACAACAAAACAAUAUGAAUCCCAAUUAUAGAGCGCCUUGGAGAAAUCAAUCAGGGGAUAACGCACCCUCCAUGCCUCUUAACGAUAGAAGUACGGCAGACUUUUCUAUGCAAGUUCGUUCUAGCCCCAUACCUAACACUAACACCGUUAAUAGUCAGGGUAUAAUCGGAGCCGCAAAUGCUGGAUUAGGGGGCGGAGCUGCUGAAAGCAAUAAAACUAUGAUGAGACGAGGACAUGGCAUCUUUAAUGAAACCCAUAUACCUGGUAUUAAAGUACCUGUGUGUGAAUUAUGCCAUCAAUAUAUAAGAGGCCCAUACAUAAGUGCAUUAAAUAAAGCCUGGUGCCCCACCCACUUCCUAUGUUCAAAUGGUUCUUGCAAGACAUCACUUCAAACCAUCGGAUUCGUGGAAGAAAAAGGCAAAAUAUAUUGUGAAACAUGUUAUGAAAGAUACUUUGCCCCGCGGUGUUCUAAAUGUGGCAAAGCGAUUCUGGGGGAUUGCUUGAACGCUUUAGAUAAACCCUGGCAUCCAGAAUGUUUUUGCUGUACUCAAUGUCACAAACCUUUUGGCAAUUCAACAUUUUACAUGGAAAAUGGACAACCUUACUGCGAAAGAGAUUGGAAUAAUUUGUUUACCAUAAAAUGUCACGGUUGUGGCACGCCUAUAGAAGCUAAUCAAAGAUGGGUCGAAGCUUUAAACAAAUCCUACCAUUCGAAUUGCUUUAAAUGCACUGUUUGUCACAAACCAUUGGAAGGUCAAAGUUUUUUUGCUAAAGAUGGAUUACCUUUUUGUAAAAUUCACGCGCAUAGUAAAUGAUGAUUUUGAAUGUUGGGGUAAAUCGAAGAUUUUGUUUUAUAAAUUAUAACAACAGUUGAUAUAUCUCAAAAUAUUAUUUAUCGACAACCAUAAAAUAUUUAUAUCAUUAUAAUAUUGAUGGCAUUAAUAUAUUCAUUCAUACGAUUUAUAUACCAUAUUUUUAAAUAUUAAUUUCAAGUUUUAGCUUAAAUUGAAAUAUGUGUAUUACCAUGUUGUAGGUCUUUGUACAGUGUUUUCAUUUUAAGUUAAUUUUUUCUUUUAUUUAUAACGCAAUU